CCCUGCUGCUGCUGAGGUCGGCCUCCUGGCGAUGAGCCCCCGCCGCCGUCCCCCGCUGCUCCUCCUCGCCGCCGUCGCCGUCGCCUGCGCCUGCGCCGCCGCCCGCCCCUGCGCGGCCCUCGUCCGCCUCGGCGCCGCCUCCUUCCUCGACGCCCCCGCGCGCUUCGGGCCCCGGGUGACCGGCGACGGGAUAUGCGGGUCGCUGCGCGCCGCGGAGCCCGCCGACGCGUGCGCGCCCGUCCGGGGCGCCCCCGGCGGGAGCGGCGGGAUGGCGUUCGUGCUCAUCGCGCGCGGGAACUGCAGCUUCGAGGGCAAGGUGCGGGCGGCGCAGCGGGCCGGCUUCGACGCCGCGCUCGUCCACGACGACGAGGACAAGGCCAGCCUCUACUCCAUGGUUGGCGAUCCUGAGGGCAUACACAUACCUGCGGUAUUCGUAUCCAAAAUGGCUGGGGAAACCUUGAAGAAGUUUGCCAGAGGUGAAGAUGGGGAAUGCUGUAUAAACUCGUCGAUGGAUGAGACUGCAGGGACAGUGUUGGUGAUGUCGUUCGUAUCACUUGUUGUCAUCAUAUCAGUUGUAGCUUCAUUUCUUUUCGCUCGGAACUGCCGACUUUUACGCAAUGGAGUUGAUAAUCGCCCACCUUACAUCAAGAAGCAUGUGGUGGAAAAGCUUCCUUCUGUGGUAUAUAAAGCUCCCUGCUCAAGUGGCAACAAUUGUGAAGAAGCCUGUGCCAUUUGUUUAGAAGACUAUGAUAAUGGUGACAUGCUUAGACUUCUCCCAUGCAAACAUGAGUUUCAUGUGGAGUGUAUUGAUCCCUGGCUGACAAAGUGGGGCACAUUUUGCCCGGUAUGCAAACUUGAGGUACUCACAGGUGGAUAAGCAGGCAAGCUAGGAGUAAGUCUGAGGUGAAUAAGCAAGCCUCCGUUACUGCAUACUCCCUUCGUCCGGAAAUACUUGUCGAAGAAAUGGGUAAAAAUGGAUAUAUGUAGAACUAAAACACAUCCAGAUACAUCCAUUCCCCCGACAAGUAUUUCCGGAUGGAGGGAGUAUAUACAAGUAGUGCUCGGCGGCAUGACGGUUAUAUCCAGGCGUGCUGAACUGGUUGAUCUGUUGUUGGCUGGGUUUGCAAGAUAGAUCAAUGCCGAACAUUUUAUCAUGAGGAUGGGGUAUGGGCUGUGCGGUCUCUGGGACUGGGCCCGUCUUGAUACCCAGUAGAAGAUUGAAUUGUGUCGUUAACAUUGAGAUGAACUGUUUAAUUGAGGUGUAGUAUGUGGAAGCCAUCUUGUAAUUAUAUGUGAGAAGUUCAAUUGCUUCUUUCCCAUGCA